AGGUCAAAAUGGCUCUGGCUUGUCCACGCAGCCUUACUUCUUACUUCAUGCGGAAUGCUCGUUAGCACAUUGAUAUUGCGGUCAUCAACACUGCAUCUUGUUCGACAGGUUUCAGCCUGGUCACCCGCCGACACCUCUGUGCAAUAUAAGCAAGUCAGAUAUAACAUCACAUCAAAGGGCAAUCCCUUUGUUGGCGCUGGACCCGAGGUUGAUAGAGUCUGGAGGGAGAUUUCCUACGAUAUGGGUGACCAAUGGAUACCAAAAUCCGACAUCUCGAAGCUGGAUAUGCCGGAAACUUCCCUCAAGGUCAACCAUCCAACCACUGGAGAGGAAGGAUAUAGAGUUGGCAUGGAAGUCUUUCACCAUCUGCACUGCCUGAAUCUUUUGCGACGGGUUACUUACAAGGAGUAUUACGAACCCCUUGGUGGAGAGUUUAGCCAUGGCCCAGAGGUCCUUCAAGCACACACAGAUCAUUGCAUCGAAGUCCUUCGUCUGAAUCUUCAGUGUAAUGCGGACAUUGGUCUCUUCACUUUCUACAUGAUUCCAGACGACCCGCUUGCCUGGCCUCAGCUGAAUUCGAAGCAUGUGUGCCGAGAUUUCGAGGGAGUGCGCCAGUGGGCGCUGGACCACUCA